AUGAUAGCAAGGAAAAAUAUGGGCAAAGCCUCGCCUUUACUUUUAGUUUUGUUGUCACUGGGUUUUGGUUUUGCGACGUAUAACUUGUUAACCAUGGUAAUGCACCACAAAGGGAUAACUUCAGGGAAACUGGCGGAAUCUAGUGAGGGCGCUAACUGGUUUGAUCCUGUGGUUGAGAUGCCUCGUGAGAUGAAUGGGAGAGGCGGUUCGAAUGCAAAGUAUCAUGUUGCUUUAACAGCAACCGAUGCCCCUUAUAGUAAAUGGCAGUGUAGGAUUAUGUAUUAUUGGUAUAAGAAAAUGAAAGACCUGCCAGGGUCAGAUAUGGGAGGAUUUACGCGGGUUUUGCAUUCAGGGAAGCCUGAUAAUCUGAUGGAAGAGAUUCCGACUUUUAUCGUUGAUCCUCUUCCAGAAGGACUGGAUAGGGGGUACGUUGUUUUAAAUAGACCGUGGGCUUUUGUCCAGUGGCUAGAGAAAGCAAAUAUUGAGGAGGAAUAUAUUCUGAUGGCAGAACCUGAUCACGUUUUUGUGAACCCGUUGCCUAAUUUGUCGCAUGGAGACAAUCCUGCUGCUUUUCCUUUCUUCUACAUAAAACCUGCAGAGAAUGAAAAAAUUGUGAGGAAAUAUUAUCCAGAGGAGAAGGGCCCUGUGACUAAUAUUGAUCCCAUAGGCAAUUCACCUGUUAUUAUUAAAAAGGCACUUCUGGAGAAAAUUGCUCCGACAUGGAUGAAUGUUUCUUUGCGGAUGAAAGAUGACCCUGAAACUGACAAGUCUUUUGGCUGGGUAUUAGAAAUGUAUGGCUAUGCUGUUGCAUCUGCUUUGCAUGAUGUGCGCCACAUUCUCCGUAAGGACUUUAUGAUACAGCCUCCUUGGGAUUUGGAAGUUGGAAAGAAGUUCAUAAUACACUAUACUUAUGGAUGUGACUACAACAUGAAGGGGGAGUUGACAUAUGGGAAGAUUGGGGAAUGGAGAUUUGACAAGAGGUCUUAUCUUCGCGGUCCUCCACCUAGGAAUCUCUCCUUGCCCCCUCCCGGGGUUCCUGAAAGUGUGGUAAGACUUGUCAAAGCGGUGAAUGAAGCCACGGCAAACAUCCCAGGAUGGGAUGCAGAAUGA